GUGUUAAGCUCGCCUGUUGUUUUUUAAGUGAAUCAGGUGUAUAACUGAUUAGAUAAACACAACUCUUCUUCCUCUUAAAAUACAACCCAACACGUCCUCUUCUAUUUAAGUUCAAACAACAAAAGAAGAGGUGUGGCCACGGCUGGGACCAAAAUGGCAAUAACAGGGCGGCAGUUUCACACUUUGCUCUGAUUCAUCUUGCUUAAACCUUAGCUAACUAGCUAGCUCAACGAGGAAGUACCACAGAGAAGGAAAUCUCCGGGACAGUUGAAUAUGGCCGAAACUGAUCAACACGAAGGAGCGCAGGACAUUGAGAGGAAAAUUGAAGAGACAAGACAGAGAUUUAAGAAUGAGUUCCUCCAAGAUUCCACUGAAAAAUAUGACUCCAGAGAUGUGGAAAGGCUUCAAAGCGAUGAUGCUCUGGUGGAAGGCUACCUGACAUGGAGACUUUAUGUUGUUGAUGAUGCCUUGAAAAUGAUUGAUGAAAGUCUUCAAUGGAGAAAAGAGUUUGGCCUGAAUGAUCUCACUGAGAGCAUAAUUCCCAGAUGGAUGUUUGAGACUGGUGCAGUCUACCUCCACGGCUAUGACAAAGAGGGCAACAAGCUCUUCUGGUUCAGAGUAAAGCUACAUGUCAAAGAUCCAAAAACAGUGUUGGACAAGAAGAAGUAUAUUGCCUUCUGGCUGGAGCGGUAUGCAAAGAAAGAGCCUGGGAUGCCACUCACUGUUGUGUUUGAUAUGACAGACUCUGGCAUCGGCAAUAUAGACAUGGAGUUUGUGAAGUACGUUAUCAGUUGCUUCAAAGUAUAUUAUCCAAAGUUUCUAUCAAAAAUGAUCAUAGUGGAUAUGCCAUGGAUCAUGAAUGCUGCGUGGAAGAUUGUGAAGUCGUGGUUGGGUCCUGAGGCAAUCAGCAAGCUCAAGUUUGCAUCCAAAUCUGAGAUCCAUACGUUCAUAGACCCUGAGUACCUGCCAUCUCACAUGGGUGGAACGGAUCCCUUCAAGUACAGCUACCCACCUCUUCCUGAUGACGACUUUCAAACGCCCAUCAAUGACAACGGGCCUAUUGUCAGUGAGGACGAGACGGAGAGCAAAGAGGGUGAAAUGGAGGGCAAAGACGCACUUGAGUCCAGCUUCAACUCUGAGGUUGCAGUAAAGCCCAAAAAGGUGAACUUCCUGGAAGACAGUUUGAGGGCAGAAGACAAUGACAAAGGAGACACAAGCGCUAGGACCAAAGGAGCCAGGAAGCCACUGACCACCUUCAAAGGCCCUCUGCUAGAUGUUAGCCCUGCAGAGGAGCUCAGCUUUGGUUCUGGGGAGACAGAGAAAAAAAGCCUCAUUGUUCUCAGCAAUGUGACCAAAAAUCAAGUGGCUUUCAAGGUACGGACCACAGCACCUGAGAAGUACAGAGUGAAGCCCAGCAGCAGCUGCUGUGAACCGGGAGCGUCGGUAGAUAUAGUGGUGUCCUUACAUGGAGGUUCUCAAGCCUCUCCGCAGGACAGAUUUUUGGUUAUGGCUGCCGAGAUGGACAACGCUGGAUCACAAGAACUUGCACAGUUCUGGAAAGAAGUACCAAAAGCUAAGGUCAUGGAACACAGAUUGCGCUGUCAUGUUCUGGAGAGCGCUAAACCCACAGUGAGUCCACUUAAGGACAGCCUUGGGGAGAUGGGGACAAACGGGCAGCAGGAAUUAAACACAGUGCUCAUGCGAAUGAUGGCCUGCAACUCCCGGCUGGAGCGGAAGCUGGAUACGUGUCUGUGGGUGCAGAAGGUUCUUAUCGGGCUUGUGCUGGUCCUCGUGAUUCUGAAUCUGCUGUCUCUCUUCCUGCUGGGCAGUUCCCAGCGGCCAUCCUGACCUGCCAGAGCUUCCUCCGCCCACGUCUGUCGACCACGGACACACAGACGGCUCCAGCGGGGCCUCAGUCGACCAUGUGAGGGACAGUCGUCCUGAACUCCCCACCCACCCCGCCCCUGCCUUCUCCCCACAGGCUGCUGUCAAGAAGGCGAGGAGGGACAAUUUUAGGGACAUGUGAGUUGUUGUGGAGUUACUAUAGAAAGAGCAAACGCUUGUCUCUUUUCAGGCACUUGAGAGUAAGUACAACAGAGAGACUUUUAACGAUGUGACAACAAAUUAAUAAUGUUAUUUUUUAAGAGUCAUCAUGGAAAAAUUGUGUAUUUAUUGCACAAGUUAGAUAUUUUUGUGAUCAUAAUGUACAUUUUUUAUAUUGUAUAAAUCAGCAUAAUAUUAAAUAAACUCUUUGGUCUAUUU